GCGUGCGUGCGUGUGAGUGUGCGUCUGUGUCUGUCACUGCCGCCGCGGAAUAAAUAAGCCACCUCCGCCCCGUCCCGACCUUCUCUUCUCUCCUCUCGCCUAGCUCAGCUCGUCCAUGGGAUUAGGACCGCCUUGACUUUUCGCGUCCUUGUCCAUGUUGAGUGCCGCAUCUGCAACCCCCUGAGAGAGAAGAAUCCCUCUUGUACCCGGCGCCGGCAAUCUUUCGUCCUUGCUUGCCGUCUCUUCUUGCAUCUUGCUGCCUGGCAUUGGUGGGCGAUGGGGAACUGCGCGGCCAGCGGGGAGACCACGGUGACGGCGGCCGGCGGGGACGACGACGGCAAGAAACGUCGGAGGAGGUGGAAGGCGCCGCGGGAGGACCAGCUGGGGAUGGUCCCCGGCCGGAUCUUCUCCAACGACGGCCGCAGCCGCACCGCCUCCGUCUUCACGCAGCAGGGCCGCAAGGGGAUCAACCAGGACGCCAUGCUCAUCUGGGAUGGGUUCGGCGGGGAGGACGACGGCGUGCUGUGCGGGGUGUUCGACGGGCACGGGCCGCACGGCCACCUGGUGGCGCGCAGGGCAAGGGACUCGCUGCCGCUCAGGCUCAUGUCCGCCGCGCGCGCCUCCUCCAAGAACGGGCUCGACAUGCCCGCCGCGGCCUGGAGGAAGGCCUUCGUGCGCGCCUACAAGGCCAUGGACAAGGACCUCCGCUCCCACCCCUCCCUCGACAGCUUCUGCAGCGGCAGCACCGCCGUCACCGUCCUCAAGCUCGGCUCGGAUCUUUACAUGGCCAACAUUGGGGAUUCGCGCGCCGUCCUCGGCUCCAGAGACGCCGUCGCCGGCGGUAUGGUGGCCGUGCAGCUCACCGUUGACCUCAAGCCCGAUGUGCCCAGUACGCCACUACCCACAGUUAAUUUAAUUUCCUUGUGCGUGUCAUUUGGUGCUAACUGUGUUAUCUCAGGCGAGGCGGAGCGGAUCAAGAAGUGCAGGGGCAGAGUGUUCGCGCUGCAGGACGAGCCGGAGGUGCCCAGGGUCUGGCUGCCGUUCGACGACGCGCCGGGCCUAGCCAUGGCUCGGGCAUUCGGGGACUUCUGCCUCAAGGAUUACGGCGUCAUCUCCGUGCCGGACUUCUUCCACUGGUCUCUCACGGACAAGGACCAGUUCGUCAUCCUUGCGUCCGAUGGGGUCUGGGAUGUCCUGAGCAACCAAGAGGCUGUUGACAUAGUGUCCUCCUCCCCGAGCCGUUCAAAGGCGGCAAGGGCUCUUGUCGAGGCAGCUAAUCGUGAAUGGAAAACAAAGUAUCCAACAUCCAGGACUGAUGACUGUGCAGUCGUUUGCUUAUAUUUGGAUGGCAAGAUGGACCAUGAGCGUGAUUCAACCGCCUCUAUGGAUAACAUCAGCAUUGAGGAUGGUUCGGUCGCAGAUCCUAACGAAGCACAGGAACAACAGGAGCCCACCUUGACUCGUAAUUUCACAGUAAGGACAGUUCCGGGGAGUGCUCAAGAGAAAGCUUUGUCCGGUGUAGACGCUAAGAUUUCUGGUGCAGCUGACGAUCAUAAUUGGUCAGGCCUCGACGGAGUUACACGGGUGAACUCGCUCGUCCAGCUUCCCAGGUUCUCUGAGGAGAAAGCAAUCGGCUGAGGAGCUGCCAGCACAAUUCUAGCACUCUUACCCCCCUUAUUUUCCUGGUUGUUUGUUGUUCUGGGUUUAGCUUAGUAGUCAGUUGUUUCAGAGAAAAUUGUAGAAAUGAAACAAGCUUCUGAUUUGAUGUGGCGCUGUACUUCUUAGCAAGCCUCCCGGAGCUGCGUUUAGAAUUUGGGUUGCGCCUUUGAACCCAGCAAAAACUGUACAUCUUGAGUGAGAAAAGUCCACAUCUUCAGGUGUUGCUCAAUCAUUUAUGAAGAUUGGUGGCGCUCCUGGAAGAUUAAAUCAAAGCAACGCAUUUGUCUGAA